AUGGCUGCAGCAGAAAUCCCCAGUUAUAUUGUUUCUUCUCAGACUGAGAAGCACAGAAGGGCCAGGAAUUGGACCGAUGCAGAAAUGAGAGGUUUAAUGCUGGUCUGGGAAGAAUUUUUUGAUGAACUGAAACAAACUAAAAGGAAUGCCAAAGUUUAUGAGAAAAUGGCAAACAAACUCUUUGAAAUGACUGGAGAAAUUCGGCAUGGAGAAGAAAUAAAGAUAAAAAUUACAAACAUGACAUUCCAGUACAGGAAAUUAAAAUGUAUGACCGACAGUGAAACUCUUGCACCUGAUUGGCCUUAUUUUAAAACUAUUGACAGAAUCUUGUCUAAAGUGUCCGAGCACAAUGACGUAAAAAUGCACGACAGCCAGCAGCCGGGCCCCUCAACAUCUCAGACGGAGGCCUCCCAGUCACCGUCGGCCAAGUCCACACCUCUCUACUUGCCAUAUAAUCAAUUCACAUAUGAAGGGCGGGAAGAAUUUUUCGAAGACGAACAUUCUGAGAGUUCUUCUAGCUUACUUUCUUAUAAGUUAAGAACUGAAGAAAGGCCCAUAAAGAAAAGGAAAAUGCAAAGUUGUAGCUUUCAAAAAAAGAAACUAAAGUUAAUGGAAGCAAUGCUGGAGGAACAAAAGAAGCUGAGCAGAGCUAUGGAAGAAACCUGCCGGGAAGUCCGAAGGAUUCUGGAUCAGCAAAACAUCAUUCAAGUUCAGAGUCUGCAGUUGCAAGAAAGGAUGAUGAACCUUUUGGAGAAAAUGAUCUCCAAAGCCAAUGUUUAGUUUAUUUUGUGACGGUCCCCAAAGUACGAUAUUAAUCUAUUUUAGAGAAAUUGCAUAUUAUAUAGGAUUGCCUUUUUCUCAGAUUUUUCUGGGUAAUUUAAAAUUGUUGCAUAAAUAUGCUUAAAUGAAGAGUCUAAUCGAUGUAGGAUGUGAGCCAUCUAGACAUCUGGGGGAUCUUCUCAAUGAAAGAAAAUCUAAGCCUACUUUGUGAAUUUAUUUUUUAGGAAGAUCAAGAUCAAGGGCGGGCAAAUUAUUACAGGCCAUAACCUAGGGAGGACAAUUUUUCACCCUAAUCCAUCCAAAGAAAGGUCAAACUAGUCUUCACCUUUUGCAAAAAUGUCCAAUUAAGAGCAAACUUUGGAAAAACUGAAUGAAGUAGAACUCAGUGAAAGCAAAAUAAAACAAGCAGAAAGAUGUCACAGCUGAGCUGGAAGAAGUUAGGCCCCGGUGUUGCCUCCCUUUCUUUGAACAGCAUAUAGAAUAGAUGGCAUCAGAAACCUGACUCUGGACUUUGAAAUGUCUGCUGUGAACAGUUCACUGCCCUCGGUCUCAAAAGUAAAUAUACCAGGUAAGCCCCAAUUUCCCUAUUUCUUCAUCUACAAAAUGAAGUGCAACAAAACAGCACAGCCCUAUGUUGUGCGAAAUGGACAUGGCUUGAAGUCACCUGCUGAGACUAUCUUCCUAUCAAAGACAUCCAAGAUGCCAUCCUAUCAGUCACUUUACAGUGGCCCGUAUAAAUAUGGCCAGAGGACAACAUGAAACCGGCAGACUUUUGUUGCGGAAGCAGAAGGCAGAAACCAUUGCUGCU